AAAUAAAAGUUAUAUUUCUAGAAAAGAGAGAGCGAGAGGGCGAGUAAAUUUGCGACGGUUGGAUUUGAAGGGAUAAACUUUUGGAUAUUAAGAUUGGAGUAGAAAGGGCAACAGAAUCGACGGCGGAGAUGAUGCUGGUUUCGGUAGUGGCGGAGCUUCUGGAGGAGUACACGGUUCUGCUCGCCGAGGUGCUGCGGCAGCUCUUCAAUUCCGCGCCAUUUCCUCGCCGAGUCCGAUUUCUCAUCCUUCACAAUCUUCCUUCCGGCAACAAUUCCAACUCCUCUGCGCCAUUGAAUCGGAUGGGCGAAUCGGCGUAACACCGAUUCCUUCACUUGUAUUAUAAAAUCGCUCGUUUUAUUCUUCUUCUGAUCUGGUGGUUCAGUUUGAUCUGUACAUGGACUUUGGAUCUCUGGAUUGUUCUAGAAUGUGCAAUUUAGUUGUAUGUUGCGGAUUAGGAUGAAUUAAGUGUGGAGUUUUGUGGAUUUCUGAUGAAAUUGGAGAUAAUUGUUUUGGAUUU